AAAUUAGGAAGAAAGCGAUUGUCAAAGGAGUUAGAACAGGACAAUGAAUUAAUUGCUGGAUGUUUCAUCGGAAACGACCUGUGUAAUCUGGAUGUAAUGUGAGAAACCAUGCCUCACAAGUAUUGUUUUCUACUCACACUUGAGAUUCGCGGGCACACGGCAAAGAAAUCACGCGUCGCAAUCUUGUCGUAAGAUUCGUGUGCGCAGUCGGUCGUGACGUUCAUUGGAGCUUGCUGGCAGGUGACAGAUGUGACAGGUACACGCUACAGUGCGAAAGUAGGUAAACAAUCGAGUUAAAUAAUUAUGCCCUUUAGCAUUUCUGCGCAUAUAAAAAUUAAUGGGUAACUCGAAUCAGAAAACGGUUCUCAAUGGGCGAAUCAACCAGAAAUCUUCUCACAGGAGCCCCCAGACAUACUCAAGUCAGUUUAGCCUUUCAAAUUUUCUACCCAACAUAAGUGGACGUUCUUAUGCAAGUGGUGUCAGUCAGCAUUCAACAUAUAGUGUUUCCCGACCCUGGUCACGAGUUUCCAGGAGAAGGUGGCAUGAAAGAACACUCAAUGACCCUUUGGUUGCUGCAAAAACUGCUUGGCCAGUCCCUUACAUAGAAGCAAUAUUUUUACCAGAGUUCAAAAUAAAAGGAGAUGUUUCAGAAGAAGAUUUUGAGUAUGUAGAUCUAAUUUCAAAAGGUGCCUUUGGAACUGUAUAUAAAGUUCAAAAAGUGGACACAGGAGAAGAAUAUGCAUUGAAAGUUCUUUCCAAAUCGCUGCUUAUUUCACAAAAUGCUGUGGAACAAGUAAAGGAUGAAGUUCGAAUUCAGUCAAUGUGUGGACAUCAUCCAUUCAUUGUAAAUAGUCCAUUUUUCUGGCAAAAUAAGAAAAAAUUAUUUAUUGUGAGUGAAUUUAUACCAGGUGGGGAGCUACUACAGUUAUGUCAGUUAUAUGGUCAAUUACCUGAAAAUCUGGUUCGAGUAUAUGUUGCUGAAAUUGCUUUAGCCUUAGAUUUUCUGCAUAAUGCUGGAGUGAUCUACAGAGAUUUAAAACUUGAAAACAUAUUGUUAGAUCAAGAUUAUCAUCUUCAGUUAAUAGAUUUUGGAUUAGCAAAGUGGCUCAAGUAUGUUGAUUGGUGGUCACUUGGAAUCGUCAUGUGCUGCAUGCUGUCUGGCGAGUUCCAGCCCAAGGAGAUCCUGCUGCAACAUUUCCCGGAUGGUCCACCGCAUUCAUUGGAUCCAGAGUCAUUGGAUGGUUUCGACGACUUUCCAACCGCCGAGCACUCCACAAUAUCUUUCAGAUGACAGUACCCAGUGUGGAGGUGGAUUCAUGUGUUUCUUUGGAUUUUUCAGAGAGAAUUCUGCAAAUUGCACCUACAACUCUCACAAGUAUUACUACAAUUUCGAUGCUACAAAGUCAAAUUUCACCAUAUAAUACAGCGUUUUAUUGCAAGUUGUAAAUUUCUGAAGGGCCUAACUUUACAUUCCUUGAGAAUUAAGAGUUUAAACUAGCUUUCCUGAUAAACAUGUUUACGAAUUCUUACUGAAAGACCAAGAAUAUUGUUGAGAGACAAUUGGUGGCAUUGAGGAACAAGGCUCAUAUUUUUUGAAAAGCUUGCUGGAACGUCGACCAGCUGUUUCGUUAAUAGCAAUUGUCACAAAUUUCGUUUCUCAGGGAUUCAUUCAUUUAAAAAGAUCAGUAAAUUGCAACGAGUAGUAGUUUUCUAGCUCUAGUUGCUAUUUGUGCCUCAGAAAGAGUUUAAGAGCCAUCGAAUGUAGUGUGUUCGUUCCGCUCUUUUCCAGACUACUCGGAGCUUCUGUGACAAGUUGCAUUAACUUGCUGGUCGAUGCUCUCAAUGCGUAAAAUACUUUUCUAAUGGACUGGGGAGUUAAGCAUAUAAUAAUUCUAAAUAAGGACUGGAUGUAUACGUCUCGAAGUUGCUCAUGUAAUUUUAAGAUGUCACGGUUUCAUGGUAUCACAACGAUUGUAGCUUCCCUGAAUCAAUUUUCAUGUGCUGAAAUCCGAAGGCUCGAAGGGACUGUGUAAGUUCUCUCCAAACUAGAUUUUAAUGCAGUAUUUUAGCGCGCCUCAUUUUAUAAACGGGUUUAUUAGAAGUGCGUUCAAAUGUUUGUACAACCGGAUUCCGUCCAAUGUAAUGUUAGUGAAAUAUGAAUGUAUAUUUAUGUUCUAAUGCUAUUUGUGUAUCUGUUAAUUUGGAUAUAUUAAAUGAAUUUUAUCA